CAUAAUAUCUGCAUGGACGCUAUUGGGGCACACGCUAAAGAAGUGUUUAGAGCAACUUUGCAUUGACUGAUUGCAUGUUUGAUGUUUUGCAAGCGCUGUCAUUCUCGUUAAUUUACAAAUGGUCAUACUUACCGUUCUUAUCGUGUCAGCAUUGGCUGCAAGCAUAUCAGGUACACCUGAUUUAUCGGCGCCGGCAUUCAGUAUUCCUUAUAAUGGAUUCCACAUUCAGGUGUACAACUCAUCCGACCUCACAGGCAAUCCUGUGUUGUAUUAUGCGCCAACAGGAAUAAUCCUCCCCAAUUUCACUGAAGUAAUAUUCAAUAAUCAUUCCGAAAGCGUCCAGUUAGCAUUGGAUAUCCGGCUGUGGGAUUACGACUUCGCUCAAACCAUUGAGAGCUAUGUUGCCCAGUGGACCGGCAAAACCGAAUAUCGGCUGCUGCCAGUGCCUUUUAAAUGGAUGCACCUCAAGUACCCAACGGAGUAUUCGGCGUGGAAGUAUGUCCGCAGUGCCUGGCUGCCCAUUGCUCACCUUCCACGCACUGUCUCGAUGCGAAUUCCUUGUCAAACUGUGUCUCAGUGCCGGCGUAUUAAAGACAGCGUGGACACCAAUUUGAAUGCCAACUGGCAACUGAUGUUUGCUAACCGGCCACCCGAACCGAAGAAGGUCAUCAUUACCGUUGAGAAGGGGCAUCUGCUUGGUUCGUCAAUGUUCACAGCUAUCAGUGAGCGUUUAAUCAUGAAUCAAUAUGUUUUCCUAUCAGAAGACGAUUUCUUUACGUUGGUGAGGGAGACAAUUAUCAACAGCCUGGACCACGGUUGGGAAGCCGAUGAAUUUCUGGAUGAUGAACAGCUGCACGGUGCAAUUAGGAAGCUCCUGCCGAAGUUUUGCCAUAAUAUUACUAAUUACGCCAAUUUCACGGAUGGAAUGUGGCAGAGUACGUACUGGCGCAACGCGGACCAACGACCGGAUCGACGAGCACAAAAUCUUAAUAACCGUUUAGCUCCUGCGAACCAGUCGUUGACGGAACUUGUGGCAGCACUUCCGCCAGAUGAUCUAUUACAUUUUGACGAUAAAACAGCCACCGUAAAGCCAUUGCGUAUGUAUUGUGUAAAUAUGGAUAAACUACAGAAUAAAGAGCUUAUGGUUUUUGGCGAUAUCACUGUCCUUGCCGCUAAAGCAACGGCCGACUAUAGUAGCUUCCUCGUGAAACCGGAAGUUAAACGCAUGAAUGCUAUCGAGGGUAACAGCCUAAAGAGCUUUAAGAAGAAGGACGAGGUGGAUACACAUAAUGUCACGAACGAAAUUCAAGACAUUAACCAGCGCCUGGAAAGUUUAGAGGAUAAUGAUGGCUCAGUUCGGACCAAUCUAGCCGAAAUCAAUGCAAAACUGGCGGAUCUCAGAAACGCAACCUUUGUGGAUGACAUUGCACGCAGACGAAUAGAAGCACUGGAAAUGAUAAUUAACCAAACUGCCAUGGAAAGACUGAAAGCGCUGGAAGUUUUGUACGACUCCGUUAUGAAGAAUCUAACUGAGCUGAUCGCGAAGACGGAAAAUUUAACAUCGGCUUCGACAACUGAUUUCGAUCAACGACUCGAAAUUUUGGAGCGGUCUAAUAACGCCAGCCGCGAGAAUAAUGUUACCGUUAUUCUUAGCAAACUCAACGUUACGCUUUCUCCGUUGCACGGACGCCUGCAGACUCUGGAAGGAACGGUUGCUCAGAUACAAGUAAAUGCGACACAGUGUUCCAAGAAAGCCGAUCGUGUUGAAUCCGGAAUGUGGUCAGUACGAAAUCGGAUAGAUGCAGUCGAGUCGAAAGUCGACAACGUGGUGAGAAAAACUGGCAUGGUUAAUGCGGCCAUUGCCUCCGUGACAAAGCUCCGCGGACAAGUGACAAGACUGGAAAGUGCGCAGAGCCGUAGCAGCGACAUGGAGCAUCGCGUUGCCAGCAUGUAUAAUACCAUUUUGCCGGUUGGAUCCAUUGUGGCCUAUCCGGGAAACGGCACGCUGCCACACUGCUGGCUGGAAUGCAAUGGCGAAUCGUUCGAUGCCGCAAAAUAUCAACAAUUAGCCGGCGCUCUGCAAGAAAGCAUUACUCCUAACCUCCGUGGACGGUUUGUACUGGGUGCGGCCGAUCAUUUUCCGUUGGGAAGUGAAGGCGGAGAGGAAAUACACCAGCUGACUCUGGACGAAAUGCCCAGUCAUAGCCAUAAAUUAUCCGAUGGUGCAGUGGGCCGAUAUAACUUUGUAGACAAGCGGCCACGGAUUCAAACAGCGGACUCGAAUAUUGAAUUUCCCGAUGCGACAUUUGCCAGUGGACUGGCAGGGCGGAACGAGGCGCAUAAUAAUAUGCCGCCGUAUCGUGCGAUCUGA